AUCGACGCUUCCUCGGUGUUGUGCCAGGAGAGAGCGAGAGCGAGAGAAAGAGAGGGAGAGAGCUCUGAUAAACAACAACACUGUUCUCAGAAGCCGCUUUUACCCGAUUCAGCUCUUUACUGCGGUCUCAGUGAAGAAGAGGCUACGGGGACUUUCUCUCUGUUAUUUCCAACAUUCUGUCGUCUGUUGUUCAUACAUUCAUUGUUGAAUGCCAUUGCGGAAGUGAGAAGCACCGCGACACGACACAAAGCUUGGGCAGUGCGGACAUCUAGCGGCCGAUCAGGAGAAAGGCGCCUUGCAGAGAUGUACGGAGCUUCAGGUAUCCCAGGGCUCAUUCCACCCAGCGGGCCCCCCCGGCAGCCGGGUCCGGCCGGCCAGUACAACCCGGGACACCCCCAGGUCAACGGAGACGGAGGUGGAGCCAACCCUCAGAGACUGGGACAGAGGGCGCCAAAGCUGGGACAGAUUGGGCGAACCAAGAAAGUGGACUUGGACGAUGAAGACUUGGAUGACAUCAUGAACAACAACGGGCAGUGUCCUGUAUCCCUGUCGCCCAUCUCCUAAACUUCACCAAGAUGUGCCAAAAAAAAUCCCCAAGGACGCCAAAACUCCCCGUCAGUGAUGUUGGCCUUGGUGCUGUCUUGUGUCCUACUGAAGCUUCUGACGGCUCAACCAGGCACAAAAAACGGCUCAUUUAGCGGCAGCUGAAGCCUAGGCCCUGAUUGUACAUAAUGUUUAUUUAACUUCCCUUUGGUCAGACUGUGAAUGGAUUGUAUUGCAUCGCUCUGUACUCUAUACCUCGGUAGGCGGUAGAUUAUCAGGACUCGGGGAAAGAUUUGGAGGAAGUGUCUAUUAUUUUGCAGAGCUUCUUAACAAGGGCUACAUUUCUAAAGUUGCACUGAGCAAACAGUUCGAUGAAAAGCAGCUGUUUUCUGGUGAGGGUUUUCUGAUUGUCUGCGGGGUCGGUACUGUGAAGGAACUCGCCUGUCGAUGUGUAACACGCAGGUGAAAUGUUAAGCUUUGGUUGUGCAAUGACUAUCACUCUCUCCUCUCACACUGAUGCAAGUGGUGUACUAAUAUUCAGUGGAUGAAAGCUCGCUAUUUACAGAAAAAAAUACUACUGCUGAUUAUUUAUUGUUUAAAAAAAGAGAACACUUUGUUGUGUUGUUAUGGCUUCUACAUGUUUUUUACUUGUUUCUGAAUGGAAAUUGCUUCAGUCAUCUAUAAGUGAGAUUUAUUAUGUUUCCAAAUGGUGCACUUUGUGGGAAUGCCUGUUAUGUGCAGUGACAUGUUGCAGAAUUCUAUGCAUGGAGUCUGUUAAAGCAUCAAAACACGUAACUGGUAUCCUGUUAUUAAGGGCUAUGUAGUAGUAUUUCACACCACAACACCAUUAUGCUCUUUAGAUCACGCUGAGUCAGCAUUUUCCGAUGCUCAAUGUUGGCUGUGACUCAGCUGUAAAAUAUCGCAAACAACAACAGAUUUAUGGAGGGUUUGUUGGAUUAAGAGACGGGGUUUCCCAGUUGGCCACAUGACUGUGAUAACACACAUGUAUAGUUCUUUUAAAUCAAUUGCCAAAUGAUAUUUGACACGAUAUGAGAUUGAUAAAUAAGCUGAAUUGGCAUCCAGACAUGUCAUAAUGAACAACACUUAAUUUGUAUUACUAUUUACAGCAGAAAUCAGCUUGUGAAGCUACACAUUUAUGGCGUCAUAGUGUCUUUACUCUUUAAAGGUAAUGUCAGCCUUUACAAUUACAGUAUGAGGUAAUGAAAACAAGCACUGCUGAGACAAUCGUAACACUGAUGUUUUUCGGGUCAUUUUAAAGAUUGCAGUGGACCUUGAAGUGACAUGCUGUUGUCUGUAGAGGCUCAUGCUGACGUCAUGUUACUUAGUUGGCUGUGAAAUUGUUACUUCUUUUUUUUUUGCGUCAUGGAAGCACUGCAUACACAGCCCAUUUUCUGACUCAAAGAUUGUUGUUUGGGGGUUGUGGCUGCCAUUUGCAUGGAAAUGGUCAACUUUUCGUAAUGCAUCUCGGGAAAUAAAAGAUGAAUCUUUGUGGAA